AUGGAGGAAAAGAAGUUCCACCUGGGAAAUCCCGCAUCAUCUGUCCCUGCAAGUGACACUCCAUCUUCUGUCGGAGAUAUAGAAGCUGCAGAACCUCAAUCUUUCCCUGAAACAGCAGUUCCACUGAGUGUUCGAGCCGAGAAAGAGAACAUGGCACACUCCCACACUGCUGUCCAUCAUGCCCAUGGAGAAUCUUUACUGCAAUCAACCCAUCUCGCCCAUGGCGAGGCCGGGAUCCAGACCAUUCAGCCUAGUGCAUUGACAGUUGGUGAUGUUGAGGUGACCCGACCGGGCGCUGUCCGUCUUGGUCCAGCCGAAUUUGCCAUUACACUGCCUAUGGAUUCAAGAGUCAAGGACGAUUACGAGCGUGUCCUUACAGAUGGUGCUGCAACAAUGCAGGAGUUCUUGACUCACUCUAGUCCUAGUCCCCAUACUCCGUCUUCUGAUCGAGAGUCAUUGCAUUCAAAGGUUUAUGACAUAAUUGCUCGACUGAACAAUGUAUCUACUCAUCCUGACCUAAACAUUCCCCAACACCUGGUGGAGUCAGAUACUGGUCCGGAAACACAGGCUAUGUGGGCGGAGUAUUCCAGCGCUAAAUUCCUGUUGCUCGGGCAUUUGAUUGAACUCGCGAGCUCUCAUGAGCUUCAUAUUAUCAUCGCAGCCCAGAAUGAUACGAAACAAACCGUUAUUGAGCGCUAUCUGCGGGGCAAAGGCUUCGACUACACUCGACCCCGGGAAGAGCUAGGUGGUACCCUGGAGGUAUCUUUGGCGAAAGGCCCUCUAAGCUUUGGUGUGCACUCCAAUGACAAUGUGCAAACGCCGUUCAGAGCCCCGGCUGCGAUUUUUGUUUUUGACACGGCAUUCCAUCCCAAAAGUCCGUCCGUGGAAUAUAUCCGAACAACAUAUACUCGCAAUGGUGGUCUUCUUCCCGUUAUUUGGUUCCUCAUUUCCAACACGUGUGAACACAUUGAGCGCUGCCUGCCAGACACGACCGAGUCCGAGCGGUUGCGACUGCUCUUGCAAUACACUGCUCGGCUCCACGAUGAAGUGGGUGAUCUCCAGCAUGAUGCCCUCAACGUGCAGGAAGAUGCCGAAGAAAUUGUCAAUUAUUUACUGCACAGCUUUGCUACUUGGCAGUUGCCUAUGAUCGAGCCUUUGAAUUUUGCACCUUCUGAAGAAUCGGAUCAGACCUCAUCUGACGAGUCCCAAGUGGCUGCUCAGAAGCGCUCGUUGCCCGACGACGAUAAAGAGGACUACACAUCUAAACGUGCUAGGGUCGAUCUUCCAGAGACUAGUCAACCUACUCAGUCCACCAAGGGCCCCAGUCAAAGUUUGGACCACGAGCUUCAUCAUUUGGACGCAAAUCUUGUUCGAAUGAAUGACCAACACGCUGCUGAAAAGGAACAAUGGCAGAAGGUGGUGAAAGAAUGGCAGUCGCGAUACUGGGAAAAAGAUCGAUCAUUAAGUGCCCUUCAGUUUCGCUAUGAGAGUCGAAUGAUUGAAUUUCACAAGAUUCGGCAAGAGCGUGAUAAGUUGGAAAAGUCCGAGAAGUCUACAGAGCAACGAACAGAGAAAUUCAAAGAAGGUAUCACCAAGUUGAAGGAGGAACGGACCCAGCUGAAGAGAGAACUUGAAGAGGCUCGCCAAGAACUCAAGAAUGGUGGCGGUUCACUGGCCGAUCUCGAGACAGCCCGCGAAGAGAUUCGCACCCUGAAAAAGGACGCUGCAGGCCUAGAACGCAAGGCUGACUACGAAAGAAAUCAAGCGGAAUACACUCGAGAGCAAUACCAAAACGCAUCUAACGCUGCUGCUCAAGCUGGAAACGAAUCGCGUCUACUCCAAGCUGAGAAUGAGUCCCUCAAGCGCAAAGCCGAGAACAACUCUGUUCGACUUCGAGAAGCCGUCAAUGCAAGUGACUCAGCUACUCACAUUGCUAGAAUUGAAGAACUUCAGCUUAUGGUUGCCUCUCGCGAUGACCUCCUGCGCAGGAAGGAGGAGGAACUGCGAGAGAUUCGCAAAAAUCGUCCGUCAACCCGGUCAACCAGCACACAACCACGAAGCCCAAAGUGGGGCGCAUCAAGUCGCCCAACGAGCCCUGGGGUGAACAAUGGAAAUGGAAAUGGAAACGGAAAUGGCAAUGGUGGCCUCGCUGGUCGAGGCAGUGGCUUGCGUUUUAGUGCGGAAGCUGGGCCGUAA